CGAAGUGCGCAUUGUCCAACAUUGUUCAUCGAAUUGUGUUUAAAGUACGUCUGAUAGUUGACAGUCUUGUUUCCUUCUACACUCUAAAUUUAAAUUCAUAUUCUUCAAAAUUUUAGUGAAACAGAUAGAAUGGCAGGCGAAAGUUCAGACGAACCAAAGCUAACCGGAUUAUCGAAACACUUCAACAGUAUCACUGAUCGUGGUCGAGCAAAUGUUGCUAAAGCGACGUACACCGGACUUGCUUUGGUGGUUCUUUACAUUUACUUAAAACCAAAGAAGAAGGCUGCCGCGAAGUAGGAUGUAACCUCAUAGAUAUAUUACGUAAUAAUUUCUAUACUGUAACUAUGACCUGAAUGUAAUAAAAGAAGAAUGGACAAGUA